AAUUAUUCAUUAUUUGUAAUCUUUUGCUCUACUGGCUUCCGCCUUCUGGAAACAUGAAGAAUAUUUGCUUAUUCUGUGCUUGCUUCUUCAAUUUCUUGGCGAUACUAUAUGCAACAGAACCUGCGAAAUCAGUUUGCUCAGAAAAGGAAAAAGCUCUCGCUUUACUCGAAACAGCUGACAAUUUUCUCACCAAAGCAAGAGACGCUUAUCCGUCUUGCAAAAAUAAUUCAAAUUCGACAGAUCAGUGUGAUAAUGAAAAGUCUUUGGCCUACAUUAAAAUCUCAAAGAAGCUGAUUUCCGAUGUAAGAGAAGUCUUCCCUUCAUGUUCCAAACUUACUGUAGAUGAGGACAAAUAUGUCUUUAAGGAGGAGAAAUACAGUGAUUGCUCUGAACUUCAAGCAAAUGGACGCAAUAAGAGCGGUAUUUACGUAAUAUGGCCCAGGGAAUUCCCCACAGAAAGAUCCCUGAAAGUCUUUUGCGAUAUGGAAACGGAUGGUGGAGGAUGGACGGUGAUCCAGAGAAGAGGGAAAUUCUCGUUUCAAAUAGACUUCAAUAAAAAUUGGGAACGCUACAAGAAUGGUUUCGGCAAUUUAACUAAAGAGUUUUGGUUAGGUAAUGAAAACAUACGUGUUUUGUGUCUUAGAGGGUGCAAAAUACGUUUUGAUCUCCAAGAGGAGAAAGGAGGUAGAUUUUUUGCAGUUUAUGAGGACUUUAGCCUAUCAAGCACCAAUUAUCGCUUAGAUAUCAGUGGCUACUCAGGAAAUGCAACUGAUGCCAUGAAGUACCUCGAUCAAAAUGAAUUUUCCACAAAAGACAAAGACAUCACUGGAAAAGCUAAGGAAUAUAAGUCGGGUUGGUGGCAUGGAGUACAUUGCAAUUUAAAUGGCAUCUACCAACCAGGCAAAGAUGGAGUAGAAAAUGUUUACUGGUUUAGAGAAGAUUUUGAGAUUUUGUCGUCUGUGGAAAUAAAAGUGAAGCCAAAUUAAAUCGAAUUCGUAAUAUAUGAAAAACUACAAUGCAUCUGUAAUCAUGUGGAUAAUUAGUCUUGUGUUAUAAAAUAGUGUCGAUCAAUAAAAAAUUUCCUAAUUCUAUUGAAAUAGAAAACUUAAUUAUUUUUAAUAAAAAACA